AUGCAUCAUCCGGACCCCCCUAGCGGCAGCACACCUCCAGGGGGCAGUUCUUCUCACGAUAGUAAUGGAAGAGCUGCUGCAGCAGCAGCUGCUGCUGCUUCAGGUCCUGCGCAUACACCCAAAGCGCAACCCAUGACCCCUCCGCUGUCGCCUACAAAGGCACCUCAGCCAGCCCCUCCUGGCUCUAUUCCGCCAAGUCAUCCUGCUGCUGCUCCUCCUCCUCCACCUUCUGCAACCCCUCCUGCAAGUCCUGCAACGCCUGCUGUUGCUCCUCAAGCAGCACCAGCUGGUGCCGGCACAGAGGCAGGAGCAGCAGCAGCAUCAGCUGGAGAUGCAGCAGGAGCUGCUGCUGUUCCGGCUUCCCCCCCUAUAGAUGAAGAAGCCUUGCAUACUCUUCCUUCAGGAGAGGAUGUUGUACAAUUAUACGAGCUUUAA